AUGUACGGAUAUAUAACAAUAUUUCUUAUUGUAUUGAGUUUACCUGAUGAAAUAUCGGGUGUCUUUAAACUAACAAAUGCCAUUUGUGAGUCUCAUAACAAGUCAUGGGCUGUUAUUAACAAGUGUCGAUUAAAAGCUCUCCGGCGAGAUACCACAGCACUCUAUAUUAACGUAACACUUGUGGAGCCUGUGAAAAAUACAAUACUAAAUAUGGCGAUUCUGAAAAAGGCAAAUGGUUACAAACCAUUUCUGUACAACAUUACCCUUGAUACUUGUGAAUAUCUGGCAAAGCGGAACAAUCCUCUCAUGAAUCUCAUAUUCAAGUUUGUUCAAAAAUAUUUGGAAAUCGGCAACUGGUGUCCCUAUGAGGGAUUCGUUAUAGUGAAAGGCUUAUACUUGAAAACGGAAUACCUGCAAAGUCUUCCUCUUCCCGAUGGUGAAUACAUCUUAGCAGGAAAUUGCCAAAUUGAGUUUUUAAGCGAUAUUGGCUGA